AGAGGCCGCGCCGCCUCCCCCGCCCGAGGUCUGCGCGCUCCGCCGCAGGGUGCAGACCCCGGGCGCCCGCCUGGGUUUGGGGCGCAGGAGCAGAGGCGGAGCCGGGGCGGAGCCAGCGCUCCCCGGUCCCCCCCGAAUCGAAAGCGAAAGGGGCCGGGGAGGAAGGGCGGAGCUGGCCGCCAGGCGCCGCCCCCUGCCCUGCGCGGCUGCUGGACCGACGGGCGCGCCCAGGUAGGGGGCGGCUGAGCCGCGCAGUGCGGACCCCCGCGGGGACCUGCGUCGCCACCGCCGUCACCAUGUCUCAGGAAGGUGUGGAGCUGGAGAAGAGCAUCCGGCGCCUCCGGGAGAAGUUUCAUGGGAAGGUGUCCUCCAAGAAGGCGGGGGCUCUGAUGAGGAAAUUCGACAGCGACCACACCGGAGUGGGUCGCUCCAUCGUGUACGGAGUAAAGCAGAGAGAUGGACAGGAACUGAGUAACGACCUGGAUGCCCAGGACCCUCCAGAGGACAUGAAGCAGGACCAGGACAUCCAGGCAGUGGCGACCUCCCUCCUGCCGCUGACGGAAGCCAACCUACGCAUGUUCCAGCGUGCCCAGGACGACCUUAUCCCUGCCGUUGACCGGCAGUUCGCCUGCUCCUCUUGUGACCAUGUCUGGUGGCGCCGUGUGCCCCAGCGGAAGGAGGUAUCCCGGUGCCGGAAAUGCCGGAAGCGCUACGAGCCGGUGCCAGCCGACAAGAUGUGGGGUCUGGCUGAGUUCCACUGCCCGAAGUGUCGGCACAACUUCCGGGGCUGGGCACAGAUGGGGUCCCCGUCCCCCUGCUACGGGUGCGGCUUCCCCGUGUAUCCAACACGGAUACUGCCCCCGCGCUGGGACCGGGACACGGAUCGCCGCAGCACCCACACCCACUCCUGCUCAGCAGCAGACUGCUACAACCGCAGAGAGCCCCAUGUGCCUGGGACAUCCUGCGCACACCCCAAGAGCCGGAAGCAGAACCACCUGCCCAAAGUCCUCCAUCCCAGCAACCCCCACAUCAGCAGUGGCUCCACGGUGGCCACUUGCCUGAGCCAGGGCGGCCUCCUGGAAGAACUGGACAACCUCAUCCUGGAGGACCUGAAGGAGGAGGAGGAGGAGGAGGAGGAGGAGGAGGAGGAAGAGGAGGGCGGGCACAGGGAGUGACCCCUGCCAGGUGCACAUACAAACCAGACACGGUCUGUGGCUACUUUGUGUUGUUAUAAAAUAAGAGCUCAAACCAAGAUAUAAAUGCCCUUGGGGAGCCAUCUGGGUCGGAGAUAUUGGCUGGGGGUGGGGGUGAGAUUCCUGGGUCCCAUUUUCGGGGCCCUGGGGAGCAGAUCGACAGUGGGAAGGUCUGCGGGACAUGAGCCAUCAAGGAGGUGUGGCCAGGACAACUUGGGCUCCAGGUGAAAAGCAUGCUCUGGAGCCUGGGGGACAGAUGGACAGAUAGUCACAGCCUCAGGGGCCGGAUCAACAUAGCAGCCUUCUUGAGAGAGUAGGCCCCACCACGAAACUCAGCCCAGUAGACACCAUCUUGGUAGCGGCUGCGGUAGUGGCCACCACGGUGCCAUAUGCCAUUGAGGUUGGAGUGGGCACAGGCAUGGUACCACCAGCCUCCCCGCUGGUACAGGGCGCAGUUACCUGAUGGGAGAGAGAGUCCAUGUCUUCUCACCAGAAUAAAAGGCUCUGCUAGCACCUCACAGUGCAAGGCUUUUGCAAGGCAUCCCCUGAGUCUCCCCAUUCUCAUUGAAUACAAGCCGUGAUCCUCCAUUUCCUCACCAAAAUAGAAGCCCUGGCCUCUCACUUUCUUCUUUGGAGUAAUACCCUUAAUUCCUUCCCUAUCUCCUUGCCAAAGUACAAGUAAAACCCUUCUCACCCUUUCUGAAAACUGGGAGUCUGCUGCUCAUUAUUUCAUCCAGGAAAAAAAAAAUCUCAAUUUCCUUUCCA